CGUUCGUUUCGUUUGGUUCAGCAGAACACUGGAAUCGAGCUGUAAUCACGGCGUGGACGAGUCGCGCGCGGUCCUUCGCGGUUUUACCUGCAUUUUGUCUUUGCCGCUCUAGAAGGUGAUAGUAAUUGAUUGAAAGUUUAGUGCCCGGGGGAAGCAGAAGUGUGUGUGUUUGUGUGCACCAGCGACGGGAGUUCGCAGGAGGUUGGGCAGGAUACAGUACAUUCGUCGUGAAUCACAUUGCGCCACGGCGGUCUAGAAAGAACCGAAAGGAGCCAGUCGAAGGCAGCAACAGGAGUCGACAGCCUUGGGCUCAUGAAGUAAUAACACCAUCGGGUAGGGAGCAGUGAUAUUUGGUGGAAAAUUUUUACACGGUCGAUACCGAGCCCCAACGGUUAGUCAUCCUCGUGGCGGUCCGGAUAACUUUUUGUCGGGUCGUAUCGUCGAUGUUAUUAUUUUUGAAUUUGCAUAAAUUAAAAGAACCGAGAAAAUGAUAAAAGUGUAACGGUUUAUGGCUACGGCUCACGACACGACCAAGGACUAACCGCAGAAGAAAAAUAUUUGUGCUGCAAGGCUCGCUGCGCUCAAGUGGAUUUGUUGUAAAUCGUUCACGUGUUUUGGAGUGAUACGAGAAAACAGUUUUCGUUCGCACAAAUUUUUGCCGAAACAUCGGGCAAAGAAAGUUAAUUCGAGUAUGCAUUCGAUUUUUGAGUGACGUGACAAUUCGAUUUCGGCCAAAUUCACCGUCGUCGUAUGUAGUGUGGGCCCAGGAGGACUAGAACGGAAGAGUUCAGUUCUGCCAUCAGCACCAGACAGCAGGUCUCGAGCCUAAUUUAUGUCAAUAUUCAUUACACCCCCAUAUAUUUAUCCGAACCGAGAGAACCACUUCAGUCUCAAGUGUGCUAAUGUAUUUGACCGUUAUUGAUGCUGUUGCUGAUGUUGUUGCUUCCGACGGUGCUAAAUAGUUCCGGAUUGGACGGGAACAAGUGGCCCCGUGUAAUAUCAAUUAUAGUGCCAUCGUAUUAAUUAUAUCAGCGGUGACACACAAAGUGUACCUAGGGUCGCGUUUUAGGCCCCCUAACGGUGACCGGAAUCCGGGCUCGCAUGAAUAAAUCAUCCCACUGUAAGCUAUAGUGCACGUAAGGAAUUUCAUUAAUUGGACUCAUAGUGCUGCGGUGGUGACCUGGAAGCAGAACCCGGUGGUGCCCGGUGCGAUAAAUUGAUUCCGGUGUUCCCCGUAGGACGAGGAAAGGUGAAUGCUGUGUGUGUGUGCUUAAUUAUUAUCAGAUCAUGAGAAGCUGCGGUUGACCACGAAUUCAGUGACCACAAAACGCGAUUAGGAUUAGAAUCCUCGGUGCUUGGCCUGUUUCGCUUGGUUACUAGCCCGGAACGCAAUUUCGCUCAAGUGUGUGUCGGUUGGGAUUUUUCAAGUGUUACCACGGUGAAAGCGAAUCCAGGACGGUUGAGCUGUUCUGGAAUUACUCAAGUGCCAGUGGGUUGUUGAAGCAAGCGUGGAGUGUCAGUGGCCAAAUCAAUCAAGCCGAUCGACCCGAGACGGAAUCGAGCGGAAAAGUUGGCUCGAUGAGUUUGGUCGAAAUGAUUCAGCAGUGAUAAGAUUAUCUACUCAUGAUUUCAGUUUUUUGAAAUUCGACCAGUGCUACUAGUGUUGCAGUGAUUGAAUGUGUUGAAGAUUCAAGAUAGUGAAUAGGUUGCGAUACAGGGCUGAUGUGAUAUUGAUUGCGUUUCCCAGUCGAUCCAUUGAAAGCAGAAAGAAAGGCAACGGAGGAAGACGGUCAAACAAAUCAAAUCACACAAGGUAAACCCCGACGCUUCAUCGAACCCAUUUCAGUGUAUAGUGUAGAAUUACCAGGUCACUUCCACCAGCAUCGAAGCAUCGUUAAUUAGAGACGGCCACGAUUCGAAGGAGAGGAAACAUGCCAAGCUGAAAAGCAGAACUUUUGAGCCAGAAAUAUAUCGACACGACAUACGAAACCAGGCAACCAGCGGAACACGGGACAGCAUAAAAGUCAGUCACGAAUUCGGAAGUGUUCAUCAGUAAGAACAAAUUGGGUCAGUCUUCCCCGGUACCCCACGGGUCAGCUCUGGUGGAUGUAAAAAUGGCCGUCAUCCGCUCACCGGAAGUACUAGUCAAUGCCGUUACCUGGUGGAACAAAUUCGUGCUGGUGCUCAUCUUCCUCGAGGUGUUCCUGCAUGUUGAGACACUCGAUUUGGAGAAAUGCAAAAAUCCAUUAGGGAUGGAGUCCGGAGCGAUCAACGAUUCGCACAUAACGGCCAGCUCAGCCCACGACAUCGGCAACGUAGGUCCACAACAUGCCAGAUUGAAGGUGGACAAUAACGGAGGCGCCUGGUGUCCGAAGCACAUGGUCUCGCGGAAUCUGAACGAAUAUCUUCAGAUCGAUUUGCAGAAAAUGCACGUGGUCACGGCGAUCAAAACCCAGGGCAGGUUUGGCAAAGGACAAGGCCGGGAGUACACCGAAGCGUACGUGCUCGAGUACUGGCGACCGGGAUUUAGCAAGUGGAAACGGUGGAAAAACACCCGAGACAAUGAGAUUCUAUCGGGCAACACCAACACCUACAGCGAAGUGGAAAACGUUUUGCAGCCAAUUAUCUAUGCCUCGAAAAUCCGCAUUUAUCCGUACAGCCAGUACGACCGGACGGUUUGCCUCCGGGCGGAAAUCAUCGGAUGCGAAUGGGAUGAAGGAUUAGUUUCCUACAGCAUCCCCAAGGGCGUCAUUCGGGGGAUGGAAGUCGACCUCUCGGAUCGGACCUACGACGGUGAGGAGGAAGGCGACCGGUUGGUCGGGGGCCUCGGUCAGCUGGUGGACGGCCAAAAAGGGGCAGACAACUUUCGCAUCGAUAUCCACGGUUUCGGAAAGGGUUACGACUGGGUCGGCUGGCGCAAUGAUUCACUCGGUUGGGCCGGAAAGCCGGUCGAGAUGGUGUUCGAGUUCGACACGGUGAGGAACUUCAGCGCCAUGGUCCUGCACACCAACAACAUGUUCAGUAAGGACGUACAGGUAUUCCUUCAUGCGAAAGUUUUCUUCAGCAUCGGCGGUCAGCACUUCAGCGGUGAGCCAGUACACUUCUCCUACAUGCCGGAUACGAUUAUGGAGAACGCUCGUGAUGUCACGAUCAAAUUACAUCAUCGCAUUGGUCGCUUCAUCCAGAUUCAUCUCUACUUCGCCAUGCGAUGGAUUAUGCUGAGUGAAAUAUCCUUCAUUUCCAGUCCCGUGAUUGGGAAUUUCUCCGACGAGGAAGUGAACGGAAAUUCAAUCUCGCAGGAAAAUUCGAUCGAAUACCCGCUGCAGCGAGACGAAGUUCAAACGGCUAACAAGGGCGAGCGGAACCAUGUGACGCAAAUUAUCUCACCGAAACCGAUUGACCAGGAGCCAGAGCCACACUUUGUCGGCGUUAUCAUCGCGGUGCUGACCACUAUCAUUCUGCUGCUGAUCGCCAUCAUCCUGUUCAUCGUGGCCAAGAACAAACGCACUCGAACGGCAGCCGUCCUGGACGCGUUGCAACAUAAUUUGCAUACCGACAGUCUGGGGAUUGAUAAACGGCUGAAUAGUAAUUUUAAGGUUUCGAUAGACGACAAUGAAUCGAUUGACAAGAGCAGUCUGUACCACGAACCAUUCAAUGUAAACAUGUACACCAGCGCCGCAAGUGGAUGUUCAAUGAACGACAUGCAACGACAUCACAUCACGCCAGACUAUACAGAUGUUCCCGAUAUCGUGUGCCAGGAGUAUGCCGUGCCGCACAUGCAGGACUUGAUACCGAAGAUUCCCGGCGGCUACGUGAGCGUCCGGCUGACACCGCCAACGUUGAACAAUAUCUUUCCGAAACCACCGCCAGUGCCACCACCACCGGAGAAGUAUUACGCGGCCACCGCCAUCUGUAAAUCAUCGACCGCUCCCACAACCCCCUCGAGCGGACAAAACAACAACCACCACCAGCAGCAGCAGCAACAGCAACUGAACGCUUACAGCGAUCUGGAUCACGGUGUCUCGGACGAUGAUUUACAGCUGAACGAGUAUCCUCGGGAUAAGCUGGUGAUAGUGGAAAAGCUCGGCUGCGGUGUGUUUGGCGAGUUACAUCUCUGCGAAACCAAAGGAUACAGCUCCAGCUUGGUAGCGGUAUCAACGCUGCGUCCCGGAGCGUCCGAGCACGUAAAGAAGGAGUUCCGAGCGAAAGCCAAACAACUAAGCCGGCUCAGCGAUCAGAACAUUAUGAAACUGAUCGGUGCCUGCCUGAAGGACGAGCCAAUUUGUAUCGUUUUAGACUACAAAUUCAGCACGGACCUGAAUCAAUUCCUGCAGGAGCACACGGCCGAAACCGGUUCGCUGGUGCAGCAUAAUUCGUUAAGCUACGGAUGUUUAAUUUACAUCGCAACACAAAUAGCCUCCGGUAUGAAGUAUCUAGAGCAAAUGAAUGUAGUGCAUCGUGAUUUAGCAGCUAGGAGUUGUUUAGUAGGACCACAACUGGAGAUAAAAAUCUGUACACUAGGAACUGUGAUAAACCGUAUUGCAUAUCCCGCAGACUACUGCCACCUGGAGGGUGCUGGAAGACAAUCACAACCGAUGCCGAUUCGAUGGAUGGCAUGGGAAAGCGUUCUGAUGGGUAAAUUCACAUCAAAGUCUGACGUGUGGGCGUUCGCCGUGACGUUGUGGGAGAUCCUUACAUUCGCCCGGGAGCAGCCCUUCGAGAACCUGAGCGACGAGAAGCUAAUCGAGAACAUCGGACACAUGUACCAGGACAACAAGAAACACCUCCUGCUACCGAUUCCGGUUGGAUGCCCGCGAGAAAUCUACGACUUGAUGUGCGAGUGCUGGCAACGCAACGAAAACAGCCGACCGAACUUCCGAGAGAUCCACCUGUUCCUGCAGCGGAAAAAUCUCGGGUACAAACCAACAGCUUCUUUCUAAUCCAUGAAAACAAACUAGUCCCCAAUGUGCAUCAUCGUUACUUUUGUUGGUAUUCGUCGUGUAUUUAAGUUGAACCUACUAUGAUUUCCCAUACACUAGAAUUCGAUUUAUACUUAUGUAUACCUAUACUUAGUUUAUAUCAUACGUUAUCAUACGUUUCAGUAUAAACAUUCUUAAACAUCUGUUCAAUUUUGGUUCACGUUAGUCCACCGUUUCGAUUUUGUUUAGUAGCGUACAAACCUCCAACUAAUAUCGCCUCCAAAAUUCUCUUCGGCUUUUAUAGUGAAUACUUUCAUCACAUCUAAGACGAAUCGAAUCAGAGCAUGCGGAAAUUGUACGAAUUUAUGAACUCAAUAAAUUGUUAUAGCACUCAAAAUUUCAAAAUCAUAGAGAAUAAACAUUCACUCAAACCAAGCAAGCGUCGCCGCCAGGAAUAACAGGACACCGAAACGGCACAAAGUGGGAUCAUGUGAGUCGGCACAAUUCUCUGUAGCUAUAAAAUGCGGAACAAUCAAGAUUAUGAGACUAAAGGAAACGAACCCGGUAUCGAAGACACUGAAGCGAGCGAAAGUGUGCAAAGUUUAUGCGAAAAUACAACGUAAUUGUGAUCCCAUUCUAGGUGUAAAACAGUAAAUUAAAUCACAAUCUUCGUAAGGCGAUGAUAAGUCGUUAUUGGAAGGAAAACAUGCACGCGUAGGAAUUUCCAUUCGGUUAUUGGAAGCAAUGAUUAAUUGUACAAUUAGCAAACAGUGUUCAAUUUUUGUUUUGAUCAAAGAAGUGACUGGUUUUUGUGCAAUGUGUGAAAAUUGCAAACUUAUAAUAUAAAAUCUGUUCCAUAAAAAUCGGAGUAACUGAUAAAGAUGAAAUUUAGACCUCUUGUAGUUAUUCAAACAGCACUGUUUGUAUUUUUACUUAAUCAAGCCACCGAAUACCGAAUUCAAAAGCAUAUUAGGCAAAGAUCUAUUGAAAAACAGGGAUCAUUCGUGUGCGUGUGCAGCACUGUAAAUACUAAAUCCAAUCAAGCGGUUAUUCGGUUGCUGACAGAAUUGCAUUGAGAAGGAUCGAAUUAAACGAAAAUCAAUAUCAUUACUAGUUGAACAUUAUAAUUGAAUAGAUAAAAAAAAAUGGCAAAAGUUAAAUCGGCCUUCGAUCAUCGUACGGGACAUUAUAUGAACCCACACAGAGCAAGCGUGGCGAAUUGACAAAAUAUUCAAUAAUCAUGAUUGUACACAUUUUUAAUCAUUAACCCGAGCGCACUUUCCGGAUUAUGGAUCGUAAGUAGGCAAACAAUCUGAUUAUCUUUUUUCUUCAAUGCAUAAAUUAAAGGUCGAGCUUAAUUUGAAUUAUCGCAUGUUUUCGAUACAAGUUUCAAUAUUUUUUGUUUUCAGCCUUAUUUAUCAUUUUGCCACUUGAAUCAAAAAGUCUGCCCCUCCACUACCAACCCCACUACUCACUCCGCUAACGCUCACGCACACGAACACACAACAGAACCCCGAGAACAGUAUCAGAAGCGAACACAGCCUACUCGAUUAUUUUACGAUACACCGAAUCCCAUUACGGGGUUGUGCGUUGCGUUGGCCAUGUUCGCCUCUGAAAACAAUAUUUAGAGGAAAGAAUAAAAGAAUCCCAGUAAAUGAGCCUAUCAAUGUUCCACCUGCGUCCCGCACCCAUCGCAGCUGGUUAUAAAAUCAUUCGAUAGCUAACUAAUUGAUUAUCAAUGUACCCGAAAAAAAAAACGCAGUAAUUCCAUGAACAAAAGCCCGAUACAAAAAUAAGCGACUCGAAAUGCUUUCUGUUAUUUUCAUCUAGAAAAUAAAAUACUUGAAAUGUAGAUUCGUUUCAUUUAGGUAGCAAUUCCUUUCGAAUACCAGAUUUGUUUUUACUCCCAACUGUAAAUUCUAAUGGGCGUAGUCGGAAAACAUUUCCAUUGACGUUCAGUUGUCAAUGAUUAUGGUUUUCUAUGUAGCAGACCACGGCCACUGAAGGAAUGGUCCACACAAUUUGGUGUAGGUUUCAAAUGGCAGGACCUGUUCCCACAGAACUUCUAGCUAUAAAGCAAAAUGAAAGUAAAAUUUUAAUGAAAAUAAACAUGAAACAGAAGGUAUUAUGUAUCAUACAGCGUAUUUAUACUUUAUUCGAUAAGUAGAAUGUAUUAUAGGUUUUCUUUUCUGUACAUAGCAUUAAAUACACAAAAACAAAUAGUAACUAAUGCAUAAGUAGUAGAAGAGCGAGUACUGAAAUCAGAAAAAAAUAUCAUUUUAACAGUAAAUAUUGCUAAGGAGUAAUUCUUUUCUAAUCGAAAUUACCAACCCAGAAAAAAUGGAUCAAUCAAUAAAAUACGAGAUGUAAAUGCAUUUAUCAUUCGUACGAAUGACUAUUGAGUAAAACAUACAA